UUAAUAUUUUUUCUUGAUUUUUAUCUAGAUACAUCUCAUUCCGUUAUGCUAAAGGAUAAAGAUGGAAAUGUCAUUACCAACAGAAAUGAAGUACCAAGGGCAGUAGAAGAUUUCUAUUGGGACCGUGCAAGUUCGGCAAAGCGACCCCUAUUUCUACGCUCUGUACUUUUAACGUAUGGUCCUAAAGUUUUGGGAAAAAUUUCACCUGGUCUGAUUGAGAAGCAAAAUGCAUUUAACAAAGAAGGCCAUUGAAUUGAAAUGUCAUCAGUUAUUGACAUUUAAUAAACAAAGCAGAAUAUUUUGCUUUGUGCUCUGCAAAAUGUCUUAUAACAUUGAUAUUCGUCGAGGUGUUUAUAAUAUGGUUGGGCGAAUGUCGAAACGAGAUAUUGUUAAUAUUUAUCGAGAUCAAAACAUAAGCAAAUCGACAAUUUAUCGCACAAUCAGAGAAUGUGAAGAAGGGAUACCAUGUGUUAACUUGCGUAAAAGUGGCCGACCGCGGAUUUUGAACCAUAUAAGAGAGGCAAGACUGAUUGAAGCACGUAAGAACAAAAUUGGGGUCUCACAGCGAAAACUGGCCAGAAGAUUUCAUGUUGGAAAGACUACAGUAUACAGGACCCUAUCGAGUAACAAUAUUAUCUACCGGAAAAGAAGGAAAGCUCCAAAAUACACAGAGGAUCAAUUAGAGAGAAUUCCGAGAUGUUGCCGCGCGUUAAGGCGAGUGCAUUUCGUCAACAAGUUGAUCGUGAUGGACGAUGAAAAAUAUUUUACUUUGUCCAACUCUGAGAUGAAGGGUAACGAUGGGUUUUACACGAACUAUUACGAAAAUGUACCUGAUGAAAUAAAAUUCAAAAGUAAGAAAAAAUUUGAGGACAAAAUUUUGCUAUGGUGUGCAAUUUCUGAGGCUGGCUUUAUCUCACAGCCCUACAUUGGUGUUGUUCGAGGCGAAGCCUUAAACGCAAAUAUUUAUAUUCAAAGAUGUCUCUCUAAAUUGCUUCAGUUUGUGAACACACAUCAUGCAAAUGAUCAAAUAGUCUUUUGGCCAGAUCUUGCUUCAUGUCAUUACGCGAGGAUCACAAGGGACUGGUACGAAACUAACAACAUUACCUUUGUACCGAAAGCAGACAAUCCCCCCAACCUACCUCAGGCUCGUCCAGUUGAAGAGUUCUGGGCAAUAUUAAGUCGGAAAGUCUAUAAUAACGGAUGGGAAGCACAAAAUCAGGAACAGUUAAGACGCCGCAUAUAUACAAAAAUUAGAGAAAUUGACGCCGAGGUCGUCCAAAGGAUGAUGCAACGUGUCAGGGGAAUUAUUAGGCAAAUCGAAAAUAAUGGUCCCUUUUCUGUCAUUUGAAUUUUGAUUUAUAAUAAGGAUAGUUUAGUUAAAUUGUUGAAUAAUUUAAUAAAAAUAUAAGAUUAUUGUGGUCAGAGUUAUAUGCUUUUGAAAUUUUUCCCAAAACUUUAGGACCAUACGUUAUUCGCACUUCUAAUUAUAUUGGCCAAUUAUAUUAGUCCUGGUUACUGGAUAAUUGUCAAGGCCAUAGUCCAAAAAAAUAAUAAGAAAAAAUAAGAUGCAGGUUAUGUUAUGCAAACAUAAGCAAUUGUAUGUAGUAAAUAAAAUUAGUUAUUAAAAUGCAGUACUGCAAGCAAAAUACAAUUAAUUAAAUUUACCUUUAUAUAAUAAUUGCAUAUCAUAUCAAUAUUGUGGAACAAUAUAUAAUUUUUCUGCUUCAAUGACAGAAGGUAUGAAAUAUACGUCAAUUUGACAAUUUCAAUUGACAAUAUGAAUUAUUUAAGAUAGUUGCAAUAUUUCUCCGCGACUCGCGCACGGUCGUUUCUCGUUUCCCUUUCCAAGUACUUGCACACCGCGAAUAUCUAUCAGUUGGCAAAAGACAGCAUUUUCAGUGGCGCGAAAACAUUGAAUGAUAUUGGACUUCAAGAAUGUAUAACCAUAAGUAAAACCAGAUUACAUAAUAACUGGAAACUUCAAUGGAAUCAAUACUGUAUAAAUUGUCCGACAAGGUAUACUUUUUACAUCCGAAAAUCCCGACAGAUUAUUGGCAUAAAAAUUUAGAUUUUUCAAGACACGAUAUUGUUACUAUCUCUCGACUAAAAAUUGGCCAUGCCUGUUAUCCCGCACAUCUAUAUAAAAUCAAUAUAAUACAGUCGGAUUUGUGCAAAAAUUGCAAUACAAUAAGUGACUUGGAUCAUAUAUUUUUUACAUGUGACAAAUAUGUGACAAAAAGAAAUUUGUUGAAUAUGCAGCUAUUGCAAGAAAACGUUUAUCCCCCAUAUAAUCUGAUGAACUUACUAGCUUUGAACAAACCGUCAAUCUUUAGGAUUCUUCUAAAUUAUAUUAAGUCGUGUAAAUUGAAACUUUAGAUUAUAAAAUUAGUCGUGUAAAUUAAUAAUACCCCUUAUGCCUACUUAGUAUGUGGUUAGUCACCCUGAACGAUCUGGGUGCGAAAAGUUUUUCCCCCUUACCUUCCCUGGAUUGUUUUUGUAAUGGAUUCGGAGAUGGAUUCGUAAUGGUAUUGGUGUAUGGUGAGGCGUCGAUUUCAAGAAGUGUUGCUGGCUAAAUGGGCGCAGUUCUCAAAGGCCAUAAAAGACAAAAAAAAAGCAUCGCACGACUAAAAUUCUUAUAAUGUGAAACAGUACAUAAAAUAGGAAAAACGUUAUAUCUUGGGCAUGGCCUUAGAGGAGACCGCUACAGACUCCUUCAGCUUCAAAGCUUCUCCUUCAUACUCCUUCACCUUCAUGAAAGGAAAAAUCGAGGGCCGCAGAGGUAUUGGAAGGAAGCAGUUGUCAUGGCUUAAAAACAUUCGCGAUUGGGCAGGAAUUUGCAGUGCCGAACAACUAUUCCGAUUAUAUGAAGACCGUGAACAACUUGCCAAUGUAAUUGUCAACGUUAGGAGGACCCAAUAUGGCACCGAAAGAAGAAUUAUAUUAAUGACUUCGCAUCUUUUUGUUAUCUUCUUAGCCCUUCGUCAUUAGUAUUAUAUACUACAAUAGUAGUCAAUGCUGCUAACUUCUUUAUCUGUUCUAUCUUUAUUGUCCAGCCCAUACAACAAAGUGAACAAAGUAGAUAAAAAGUUAUGUGUUAAUGCUCUUAUCUUCAAUUUUAUAUUAAGAGCACGAGUAGUAAGAGUGCCUAAACUGACACGUUUCAACUUAGGAUCAACGACUUUAUAUGAUUAUUUCUUAACGAGAACCAAUCGUUAAAUAGAAGUUAUAUCCAAGUUACAAUUAAUAUAUUAUUAUUUCCAAGUACCUAUUUAUUGAUGUGUCUUACCCUGAAAGAGAAAAUCCGUGUUUAUCAACUCUUGUUAAAAAAAUAUGAUCUUCAACAUUGUUUUUAUU